AUGCAGCCAUUCCAGGGCUUUCCUGCUUCCGCAUCAAAUCAAGCACCCGACUCGCAAUCCUCGACUUUCAACGCCUCCAACCACGUCUACCGCGACUCGUCAUCCGCCGACAACCGCGUUGUCCGCUCCAUCCCGCCAUGGGUCCAUACCGAAGACGACAGCGACGAUGAGUCGCUAGACCAGAACCAGCGCCUCCUCCCCCUCGCCAAUGCUGUUCCCGCUUCACAUCACUAUCUUCCUGCUCCGCCCACUCAGCACAAAGCCCCUGGCCGCAAGUGGGAUCAUAUACGUUCUGCCGAACCUCCCCUAUUGGACCAACCCAUCGACACCAACCAGCAACGAUGGCUCCCCUACAUGUUGUCAGGUCCUCAGCCAAGAGGUGUACCUGGAGCCAGAUUUGUCUCUGACGCCUGGAUGGACGAAAACAUGCCCCAUCUCACCACCACUUGGACUGCUGCCGAACCCGAGAAGCCCGAGGACAAACCCAAGGGCCUCUGGCUCUUCACCCCGGAGAGACGGUCGAAAACUUUUGCGCAUAUCACGCGCAUCAUCCUUAAAAACCCUUUCGUUCCCCUCGUUUUCCGUCUUAUUGUUCUUACCUUUACCGUGGCUGCUCUUGGAUUAGGGGCCAGAGUGUUUCACGAAGCCAAUGCAGUCAGCCGGGGCGAAGGUCCCUGUAGCAAGCGUGCCUCGACGUAUAUGGCCAUCGUCUUGGACAGCGCUGCCGUGCCUUAUAUUGGCUACAUUACAUGGGAUGAAUACCUGAGCAAACCUCUCGGACUUCGAAGUGCUACGGCCAAAGUCUCGCUCCUUCUGGUCGAUCUCUUUUUUAUCGUUUUCUAUUCGUCAAAUCUAUCGCUUGCUCUGGAUGCAUUGGACGACCCUCGCUGGGCUUGCUUUGAUCACAACGAAUCUUUGCUAUCAAACUGCCCCGCUUCUCCUCGUAUUUGUCGGUCACAGCAGGGACUAUCUGGCGUUUUGGUUGUUGCUUUGAUGGCGUGGCUCUUCACUUUUGUCAUUAGUGUACUAAGAGUGGUCGAGCGUCUUCGUUAG